ACUCAAGAAAAACCUUCAAUUUAGGGCCCCCAGAAGCAGCCUAAUCAGAGGCUGGAUCCAAUUGGCCCCUUCAGACACAACGGAGCAGUGGCUCUACGUUGAGCUCCUUCUGGAUGUGUGUCGUCUGCAUAACAGUGAAACUGGAGGUCGUUGUAACGGAGAAUCUGUCCAAGAUGGUGGAUGUAGAUGGUGAACACAAGUGGACCGAGUACAGAGCCCUGGUGGACGCCGUUGGAAACAGAGACAGAGAGGGAUUUGCAGUUUUUUAUGUAGAUUAAUUGAAUUUCUGUUCUAUUUUGUCUCGUCUGGAACUAGCUUGCAAUAAGGUAUUUUCUGUUAACAGUUCCUGUCUCCUGCAUUUGUGUCCAACCUGCGCUGCUUACUGUGACAGAGAAUCCGACCAACUCAUGUUUGUACAGGAACAGUUUGAUCCGUUCUUCUCCCUUGUUUGCUAACGCUAAGCCCUGUCUAAUAAUUUCCAUAACUGGGCAGAUAACGUAUUUUUUUACAUUUCAAAUGUUAACACAUAACCUGGCAGCCUCUAUUAAUCGUUCUCACCUCCAGCCUGCCCCUCUGUCUUUCUGGCUCUGGUUUAUUUUCAUAAAACACCCUAACAAAGUACUGUGGUAGUAAAAUCACCACACCAUUCUAUAAUUUUCUUGUGUUAAUCCACAUGCUUCAUUCAGUAUGCGAAAGUUUAGUGUAUUACAAGGAUCAUAAUGAUUGACCUCAUCCCAUUCUUUACAAAUGGUACAUUCCCUCCACCUUUGAUCGAGUGAUGUUGCUGUGGGAGGAGAUUCAAGUUCCACAAAAUAUUAACCUGUUCUGGCAAAGUUUGAUUAGGUAAUUGCUUUGUUUGCAGAUGCUUAGACGACUUCAGAACCAAGAGGAGAUCAAACCAACUAUCAAGAAGGCACACCUGAACACAAGCUUGAAAGAUCAGGAUGGACAUGAAACAGCAUUGCGUGAAGCUGUCGGUCCAGCCGUCCAGAGGGCUUGUGGAUGAGAAGUUCACCGUCUUGGUCCAGAACCUCCUCCCUGGGUUCCAGCUGACCAUCCACGCCCUCCACCAGUGUGAAGACGGACACAGCUGGGAGGCUUUUGCUCACUACACUGCCAAUGCCACCAGUAUUGUGAACGUUUCACAGGAUCCCAGUCUGGGAGGGACAUAUUCUGGGGUUGAACCGAUGGGUCUGCUGUGGAGCCUCAGACCAGUUCCUGGCAGCAAAACUGGGCUCAGGUUGAGGAAGAUGAACGUCCAGACUCCCAUGGGGGUAACAAUCUCGGUGUACCAGGGUCACCAGAAGGAGGGCUUCUUGGAUCAGGUGCUGCUGGCCAGUGUGGUGGUAGAGCGAUGGUACAUGGCUCCCGGCGUCCGUAGAGUCCCGAUAACAGAGGGCAGACUCACUGCGACCCUCUUCCUGCCCUCAGGACCUGGUCCUUUCCCCGGACUCUUGGACCUUUGGGGGUGGGGAGGGAAGCUGGUGGAGUACCGGGCAGCGCUGCUGGCCUCCCACGGCAUCGCCUCGAUGGCCCUCGACUACCUCACACCUAAGGAAACUGGGAGAAUGGUGGAUAAUGAUUACUUUGAGACGGCCUAUAGAGUCCUGGAGCAGCAUCCUCAGAUCCUCGGCAGCAGGAUCGCCAUGUUGGGUCUUUCCUUCGGCGCCGGUGUCACCCUCAGAAUGGCUGUUUACUCCAAAGGUCUCAAGCUCAGCUGUGCAGUGUGUAUCAAUGGGAGUCAUGUGCAGCCGAUUGACGGACCUCUGGAACAAAUAAUGACUUACUUUAACAAAAACGUUGAGAAGACUCGCUUUGACGAGGAUAACCAACUGAUCUGCAGAGAUCUGAUGCUGCCCAUCCCCACAGACCCCUCACUCAAAGUGGACGUGGGACGACUGCAGUGUCCUCUGCUGCUCGUCGUCGGUGAGGACGAUCAGAACUGGCCCACCUACGAGUCUGCAAUGGACAUGAGAGAGAUGAUGGAGCGAGCGGGGAACAGCCACCUGCUGACUGUCCUGUCCUAUAAGAAUGCCGGUCACCUGAUCCAACCUCCGUUCACGCCAUUUACCCGAGCCAGCACCUUCAAAUCUGUCACUAUUCCACCUUUUACGAUGAUGGCUCUGUGGGGCGGAGAGCUGGUGGCACAUUCUCGCGCUCAGGAAGACGCCUGGAGGAAGACGCUGGUCUUUCUGAGGGAGAAUCUGUACGGCGACAUGAAACCUGGUGCUUUAUUUUCCAACCUGUAACCAAGACAACAAUUUAAUAUUGUAGAGACUUCUGGCACCUUUGGUUCAGGAAGUAAAAGUUAUCUUUUCCAUGCUUAAAAACUCUAGCCAGCUUUGAUGGACGUGAGGUGGUCAUGUUUGAAUCAGUAAAGUAAUAUACCUAAAGUAUUAAAUGUACCACUUGUCAAACCAGAAAUAACAAGGUGCCUUUCAGGUAAAACACUCACUUGCAUGAUGGGGGUGGUGAAUACUGAAUAAAAUAUUUUUCCUGGCCAGAAAAGAGACCUUCUAUGUUAUCAUGUUGACUACAGCUUGAAACGUUGAAUCGGUGCAAACAAUACCU